UGCUAAUAUAAGUAUCAACAGAUUAAUACAGAUAUCUAAUGAUAAAAAACACUUAACUCAAAAGCUGCAAAGAUAGUCAGCAGCAGCAGCAACAAAGGCAGACAUAAAAAGCUUGCUAGCUGCAUCCGUGGAUUCAAUUCAACUUAAAAGCUCCAAAGUUUGAGGUAGCUUUUGGAGUUUGGAUCAAAACAAAGUUCCUUCAUGCGCCUCAGAAUCCACUAUCUGCAGAUUAAUGGCAACAGAAGCUGAUAUUCCAGAAGCUAUAUCUGUCACGAAAGAAGGGGAAGGCAGAUAUUUGACAUGCGGGCAGUUCGACAUCACGAUCAGCCAAUGUUCUCCUGUGCAAGUGAAUAAAUCAGAAGGCGAGUCGGAUCAGCAUCUGGAAACAGUGAAAUGCUUUGCAGAGGGUGAAAACACACAGGUGGGAUGUAGUGCGCAGGUUGAAAGCAAGAACAGCAGCUUUGGAAUCUCAGAGGGAGUGAGUUUUUUAGCAUCACUCUCAGAUUCUAAGGUUGACAAACAAGAGACUUGCGUAUCGGAGAAUUCCCAAGGUGAUGAAUCAAAUCAAGCAGAAAUGGAGAUUUUAGACAAGGAAGACCAGCUUCUGAGAGGCAAAGAGUUUGGAGUUGUAGAAGAAACAGGAAGUAAAGAAAAAGAAGUCGUGGAAGAAAUAGACAAAAAGGCUGAACAACAUAUUGAAAGUCAUGGCAUUGCCAAUGACCUUGAUGAACAUGUUCAAGUAAUCUCAGAUCAACAGGAUUCAAUCAAUGAAAAUCCACAAUGUGUUGAAAAGGAGGCAAAGAGUUCACAUGAAGAUGUGAAAGGAAGGCAAAUGGCAGAUGAAAUUGCUGAUUCAUCCAGUGAAAAAGUUUCCGUUCUACUUGAGGAACGCUCAUUUCAAGAGGAUGAAGCUGCAGUUCGUACUCUCGAUUUGACGAACAACAGCUUCAAGAAGGAUAUUAAGCCAGAGACUUCAAUUGAUGAAAACACAGACAAUACCUCCAGUACCAAUACCAUAUUUCAAGAAGAAUUUGAGGAAGAAACAGGAAUCAAAGGACUAAAGAACAAGGCACCAGAGAAGUCCUUUGAUGCAGUGUAUGAGGACAAGGGUCCUGAAGCAACUGUGUUUAACAAUGAUAAAAGUACAGAUGAUGACUCCAGCUCAACAAUAGUUGCAGGUCCUGACAUUCCGAAUGAUGAAGCAACCUUGGAAGCUAAAGAGUGUGCUGAGGACAAGCUACAAAAGACAUCUAUCACAGAUGAUCAUGAGGAAAAAGCUGGACUUGAAGUGGGGAAGAAGGAAAAUGAGGCCCCAGCUAUCCCAGACGCUCCACUUAUCACACAAACAGAAGAGACACACUUGAAGGAAGUAGGAAAUCCUGAUAUAUUCGAAGUAUAUCCUGAAAUCGGGUCAGAAGACAUCAUCAAGGAGAGUCCAAAAGAACCUGAGUACCAAAACGAAUUCCUUGAGAAAACUCCCGAAGCCGGUGACACUGCAAGUGAAACAGUUAAAGAUGAUGAAAGUUCAGAACGACAUUUUGGCAGUCCAUGCAUGAAACAUGAGGGAAAUACACUGAGAAAAGGUGAGGAACUGGAUGUGGGAGAGGCUAAAGCAGGGGAGGAGGAAGAUAGCCAAGGAUUUGCUGCUGUAGGACCUAUCCAGGAAACAGAGCAGAGCAAUAUGAAUUCAGCAGAACACGAAGGAGAAACUGAGACUAACUUAGUUGAGCAAAUUCAAUCUGCACACUACGAUAUUGAAAGACCCUUGAAUUUAAAUUCUGAGGAGAAUAACACAGAAACUUUGAGAGAAAAUACCAAAACAAUUACCACUGAUGAAGCAGAGAGACAAGUUAUAAACCUUGAACAAAGCUUCCGGAAAGAAGGGGAGGAAGAUACAGCAAUUCCUAGUUAUGAAAUCACUGAAGAUGAAAUUCCUGAAGAAAAGGUUCUUAAAGAACCAGAGAUUUCUGGAGGAGGUGAGAGCACCACAUGGGAGCUAAAUAAGAAUAUCGAAAUACCUGAAAAUAUUCUUAAUACGUCAACAGUGAAAUGUGAAGAAGGUGAGCAGGGAGAAGGUAAGAACACAGCUCCAACAAAAGCUACAGAAGAGGAUCACAGAGAUGAGGACCCAUUUACUGUCGAAGUGGCUGAAGAAGAUCAUGACUAUAACAGUGCAAUCUCGGUUACAGAAACGAGUGCAAAAGUAACAUCAAAUGAUGAAGAAGAUGCACCACAGGCCUUGCAGAAAUAUGAACCAGGAGGGGAGCUUCAAAAUGUGCUGGAUGUGAUGCCUGAGGAAAUUAAGACAGAAACAUCCAGGGAAAGUGCAGAAGUAAUUACCUGCAGAAAAGAGGAAAGAACAAUUCAGAACUCACAAGAAUCCUCAGACAAAGAAAAGAAAGAAGAUAUAGAAAGCACAAGUAAUACAGAAGAAAAUGACACUGCAGUGGUGGAGGAAUGUACUGAGGCAGCUGAUUUGAGUACAAUUAUAGAGGAAAAGAACUUAGAGGAGCAGGAAAUUCAGAAACUCUCUUCUCCAUUGGUAGUAGAAGAAACAACUAAGGAAAUCUCAGAGGAAGAAGAAAUCUAUGGAGUAAUACUAAAAGAAGAGAGAAAGGAAGCACAUGCAAAAUGUAACGAGCCAGCUGAGGGAGCAAAUCUGACACAAGACUUAAAAUCUGAAACUACAGAAGACAGAACAGAGACAGAUAAGGACUUCUAUUCUCCAAUUUCAGAGGGAGAAACCCAAGCAGAAGAAAGCAAGAAAACAUUUGUUCCAAACAAUUCCUUUCUCUCUGAUGUACCCGAGACAGAGAUCGAAAAACAUUUUCAGGUGAACGAUGUGCCUACAGUUAGCAAUUUUGAUUCGUUGUCCGAAAUAGUGAGUCAAGUGACAGGCUUGGAGGAAGCUGAAACAGAGAACCAGGAGCAGGUAAAAAAGAAUGAUAUUGCUCCUGAAGAGAAGGUUCUACCAACCAUCUUCACCAGUGAAACGGCCUUGGCCACUGAAAAGAUUGAUGUACAAGAAGAGGAAAAUUUCAAUUCAAAAGAGAAGUGGGAGAACCAGAUUCCAACAACAGCAGAUAAACCUGAAACAUGCUUGAAAGAAGCUGAAGCAGAAAAUAAGGAGCAUGUCCAAAAUAUUGAUCCUGAAGAGAAGGGUGCAGAAACCAUCUUAACAGAUAAAACAGCCUUGGACAUUGAAGAUAUUGCUGUACAAGCAGGGGAAAAUUUCAAUUCAAAAGAGAACUUGGAGGAACAGAUUCCAACAGCAGCAGAUGAAGGUGAAACAUUCUGGAAGGACGCUGAACCAGAAAACAAGGAGGAGAUCAAACAUACUGACAUUGCUUCUGAAGAGAAGGGUCUAGAAAUCAUCUUAACGGAUGAAACGGCCUUGAACAUUGAAGACAUUAAUGUACAAGCAGAGGAAAAUUUGAAUUCAAAAGACAACUUGGAGAAGCAGAUUCCAACAUCAGCAGAAGAAGGUGAAACAUUCUCGAAUGAAGCAGAAGCAGAAAACAAGGAGGAGAUCAAACAUACUGAUAUUGCUCCGGAAGAGAAGGGUCUAGAAACCAUCUUAACGGAUGAAACGGCCUUGGACAUUGAAGACAUUUAUGUCCAAGCAGAGGAAAAUUUCAAUUCAAAAGAGAACUUGGAGGAGCAGAUUCCAACAGCAGCAGAUGAAGGUGCAACAUUCUGGAAGGAAGUCGAAGCAGAAAACAAGGAGGAGAUCAAACAUACUGAUAUUGCUUCUGAAGAGAAGGGUCUAGAAACCAUCUUAACGGAUGAAACGGCCUUGGACAUUGAAGACAUUAAUGUACAAGCAGAGGAAAAUUUGAAUUCAAAAGACAACUUGGAGGAGCAGAUUCCAACAUCAGCAGAUGAAGGUGAAACAUUCUCGAAUGAAGCAGAAGCAGAAAACAAGGAGGGGAUCAAACAUACUGAUAUUGCUCUGGACGAGAAGGGUCUAGAAACAAUCUUAACCGAUGAAACGGCCUUGGACAUUGAAGACAUUUAUGUACAAGCAGAGGAAAAUUUCAAUUCAAAAGACUACUUGAAGGAGCAGAUUCCAACAACAGCAGAUGAACAUGAAACAUGCUUGAAAGAAGCCCAAGCAGAAAAUACGGAGCAGGUCAAAAAUACUGAUAUUAUUCCUGAGGAGAAGGGUUCAGUAACCAUCUCAACAGAUGGAACAUCCUUGGACAUUGAAGAUAUUUAUGUACAAGCAGAGGAAACUUUCAACGCAAACGAGAACUUGGAGGAGCAGAUUCCAAAAGCAGCGGAUGAAGGUGAAACGUUAUUGAAGGAAGCUGAAGCCGAAAAUGAGGAGCAGGCCAAAAAUAUUGAUAUUGCUCAUGAAGAGAAGGGUCUGCCAACCAUCUUAACAGAUGAAACGGCCUUGGACAUUGAAGAUAAUGAUGUACAGGCAGAGGAAAAUUUUAAUUUAAAAGAGAACUUGGGGAAAGAGAUUCAAACAACAGCAGAUGAACGUGAAACAUGCUUGAAAGAAGCCGAAGCAGAAAAUCAGGAGCAGGUCAAAACUACUGAUAUAGUUCCAGAAGAGAAGGGUCUAGCAACAAUCUUAACAGAUGAAACAUCCUUGGACGUUGAAGAUUUUGAUGUACAAGCAGAGCAAAACUUCAAAUCAAAAGAGAACUUGGAUGAGCAGAUUCCAACAGCGGCAAAUGAAGGCGAAACAUGCUUGAAGGAAGCCGAAUCAGAAAACAAGGAGCAGACAAAAGAUAUCAAUAUUGCUCCAGAAGAGAAGGGUCUAGCAACCAUCUUAACAGAUGAAACGGCAUCGGAAAUUGAAGAUAGUGAUGCACAAGCAGAGGAAAAUUUCAGCUCAAAAGAGAACUUAGAGAAGCAGAUUCCAACAGCAGCAGAUGAAGUUGAAACAUGCUUGAAAGAAGCCAAAGCAGAAAAUAAGGAGCAGGUCAAAGAUACUGAUAUUGUUCAUGAGGAGAAAGGUCUAGCGACCGUCUUAACAGAUGACACAUCCUUGGACGUUGAAGAUAUUGAUGUACAAUCAGAGCAAAAUUUCAACUCAAAAGAGAACUUGGAGGAGCAGAUUCCAACAGCAGCAGAUGAAGAUAAAACAUGCUUUAAGGAUGCCGAAACAGAAAACAAGGAGCAGACAAAAACUACUGAUAUUUCUCUAGAAGAGAAGGGUCUAGCAACCAUCUCAACAGUUGAAACGAUCUUGGACAUUGAAGAUAUUGAUGUAAAAGCAGAGGAAAAUUUCAACUCUGCAGAGAUUUUAGAGAGGCAGAUUCCAACAGCAGCAAAUGAAGGAGAAACAUGCUUGAAGGAAGCCGAAUCAGAAAACAAGGAGCGGACAAAAGAUAUCAAUAUUGCUCCAGAAGAGAAGGGUCUAGCAACCAUCUUAACAGAUGAAAUGGCAUCGGAAAUUGAAGAUAGUGAUGUACAAGCAGAGGAAAAUUUUAACUCAAAAGAGAACUUAGAGAAGCAGAUUCCAACAGCAGCAGAUGAAGUUGAAACAUGCUUGAAAGAAGCCAAAGCAGAAAAUAAGGAGCAGGUCAAAGAU